GGCAUGGACUCGGGUUUUUUUACAGUUCGAACUCAUUCCCGUCUUUGAUGACCGAAGCCGGGUAACUCGUGUUUCUUCAGUUUGCUUUUUUUUGGCUAUUUUGCGGGAACCAACGACCACCACCGAAUCUACUCUCCAACAACGGAGUCCACUCAGCCAUGCCUGUUACAGGCGAUCUUGAUCGGAUCAGAAAGGACGACCCGUUCCUCAUGCAGUACCAGCCAUCAGAACUCCGCGUAGCAUCGGAGUUCUUGACGACGUGGCUCCCCUUCCUUUCCCGAGAUCUUUGUCACAAUUGCACUCAAAACCUCUCCGACCGCAUCCGUUCUCUAGACCCAGAACUUGAUGGUGAAGCAGAAGCCUUGCAUUCAGAUAAGAGUGUAACAUCUUUGUCUCCUAACAAUGAGGAAUCAGGAGAGACCAUAGAGAAAUAUGAGGAUAACUAUGACACAUAUUCGCGAGGCAGUUGCAAAGAUGGUGAUGAUACGAAUUCAUUAGAUAGUUGGAAAGAUGGGGAAAAUGGGUGCUGUGAACCCCACAAGGAAGCUUCUAGUAGUGGUUUAACCUCAGGAUCACCUUCUGUUGACAUCACCCCAAGUCCUCGAAUAUCUUGGGCUGACAUGGCACAGGAAGAUGAGCUUGAAGAAGAAGAAGAAGAAGAGGAAGAAUCUGAAUUGAAUAAGCGAGUGGUUAAUAGGAAUCCUUUGAGUGGAGACUUGACAGUGACGAAGGUUAUUGAGAAGCCUACGCUUUCUAGGGAUCAGAGAGAGUACAUUCGGUUCAAAAAUGUUAAAAGGAAGAAAGAUUUUAUUUGCUUGGAGAGAGUUAACGGGAAGAUUGUUAACAUUCUUGGGGGGCUUGAGCUUCACAGUGGCGUUUUCAGUGCUGCAGAACAGAAAAGAAUAGUUGAAGAAGUUUAUGCCCUUGAGGAGAAGGGCAAAAGGGGGGAAUUGAAAGAGCGGACUUAUUCAGCACCCAAGAAGUGGAUGAGGGGCAAAGGGCGUGUAACCAUACAGUUUGGCUGUUGUUACAAUUAUUCCAUUGAUAAAAUGGGCAACCCUCAGGGCAUUCUUCAAAAAGAAACUGUAGAUCCUUUGCCUUCUCUUUUCAAGGUCAUCAUUAGAAGGUUGGUCAAGUGGCAUGUUCUUCCUCCAAGCUGUGUACCUGACAGUUGCAUUGUGAACAUCUAUGAAGAAGGGGAUUGCAUACCUCCUCACAUUGACAACCAUGAUUUUGUCCGACCCUUCUGCACUGUGUCAUUUCUUAGCGAGUGCAAUAUUGUAUUUGGGUCAAACUUAAAGAUUUUGGCUGCAGGAGAGUUUGCUGGCUCAAUUGCUAUUCCCCUUCCUGUGGGGUCUGUUCUUGUUCUAAAUGGAAAUGGGGCUGAUGUGGCGAAGCAUUGUGUUCCUGCAGUUGCCGCAAAGAGAAUAUCAAUCACAUUCAGAAAAAUGGAUGAAUCAAAGAGGCCGAUUGGGUUUGUUCCAGAACCUGAUUUGCAAGGGAUUCAGCCAUUAUCAUAUGAAACAGGCAAAGUGAAGAGGCUUGAUUCUCCUAAGUCUCACAGCCGUAUUAAAAGGCAGCCUUUUAGAAGAGAGGGUAAGAUGGAAGGCAGAGGAUUUUCUCAGAGAAGCUAUACCCAACCAGAGCCCCAUUACUUGACUCGGACAAGACAAGGGCCUAUUUAUAAGCGAAGGUUUAGGAUGAAUCCUGACUACUGAUGAGUGUAUAAGUUUGGAGAUAUACUUGUUAUUGGCCAAUAUAUAUAGGCAGCUAUGUUUGAUUGUGGAAUGUGGAUCUGAAUUGGUAUUUCAAGUAAGUAAUUUAUUGUGAAUAUGCGGCUAAGUGGUAGAAUUAUAAGGCCUAUAACAUGCGGCCAAAUGAUCGAGUUAUAGGGCCUAUUAACAUGCGAACAUGCGACCCAGUGAUAGAGUUGUAGGGUGCAGCCUAUUGAUCAUGUUCAAUUCAUGGAUACAACAUUUCCACAUAUUUGUGUACGAGGGGGUAUUAUAUUUGUGUACAUGGGUUAUAGGUGUGCUAAAGGUUUCAAAGUGACUGGUGAAUGGUGAUGCAUAUGAGUAGGAGUUGUUUUCAGUUAGCCAGAAGGGGUAUCUAAGAAUGGUUUUCUGUUAUUUUUGCUCGAAUUGUUUGUGGGUUCUUGUUUGAUCUAGUAAUUGACGAGGUUAUACUGGUUUGAAGCACAUAUGGAACCCAAUUACUCUGGAUUCUGUAGCUUUAGGCUGCUUGUCUGAUGGGUUUUGUUUCUUGGAGAAGUUGAGCUGCACAUUGAUUGUACCGGCAUGGCAUCCAUGUGUUGUAUUGUAUCAUAUUGAGUUUUUCCACUUUUUUCCCCCUCAAAUUAUAUUUGUAGUGUGAUAUUUGUGAGUAUUGUAAUACAGGAUUAUGAUUUUCUGAUUAA